UCAAUGUUAGUUAAUCGUAUGAUCGAUUAUAUUCAACCAAUAACGUAUACAAUAUAGAAGAAUGUAUGGGAUGAAUCACGUCUAAAUAUUCUCUGAUAGGUAGGUAAUGUCGAAUGGUCGAAAAUAAAUGUAAAUUCCCUAAAUAAGAAACGUUGGUUUGUCCCUUGAUUGACCAACAAUAUUCCGAUUAUCCGUUUACAUAUCAUGUGACCUUUUCUCAUUUAUGCAAACCUCAGUAAUAUUUUGCUCACGAUCUCACUGCAAAACAAUAACAAACCCUUGUCUGAGGAGCUUGCGAACGUAUUAUUUUCUUAAGUGUAUGGACCAUAUUAGGUGUCAGAAGAGUUUAUUAUUUCUUUCUAUACGCUGUAUUUUUGGUUAAGAAAAAUACAGAUUUCAUUUGGAAAAGGAAAAUGUACAUCUACUUGCGAUGUUGUCGGUUAUAGAAGAAAAUACUUGCUGACGAAAGUCAUGGUCAUCGUGCGUGGAUAUCGUAAACGUAGAGGGUCCAGUAUGUAAACCGAUCGACUAGACAUUCGCGUAGACUGUCUAAUAGACUGUGUAAACCAGUGUUCGGGAUUAUUAUAUACGCAAUGUUUGAUAUUAUCGAAAAUUUGUGAAUUUAAAGAACUUUACGCACGAAUAUUUACAUCGUAAAGUGUGAUUAAUCCGCGCGUCCCGACCACGCGUGUUUAGACAUGCGCUUCUUAUACUAAUUGAAUUUAACGAAAGAAUGUUUUUACACAGAUGUUUGCAUUAAGCUUUUUCCUUUCUGUUUUCUUUUUUUUUUUUUCCCCUUUACGAAAGAUCGAUUAAAUAAGUGAAAUUUUCAAGUGAUUUAAUAACAAUAUUAUAUAUUCUCUUUUAAUCCUCUACUCAAAUGUGAAAGAACUACCAUUGUUUCUGUGUAUAUAAAUAAACGAAACAACAGGCUCGAGUAACGUAGUGAAACAUACAUGGUUUCGCAAAUGGGAGAUAUUAGUUAUCCAGAACUUUUAUUGGAUAUUAAAGAUAACACAAUGGAUAGUAUAGUAAAACAUGAGCCUCCACAAGAAAUGGGUCCAUCUUCUGCCUCCGUUCCAAUACCUGGAGGACAUAGAGGAACAAGAGGUAUAUACGACCAAUUUUCUCCUUCGCCUCUUCAAACAUCUACUUGGAGUAAUAGGCCGGAGCAUGUUGAAUCUCCUUUCAAAAUGGAUCCAGAUCAAUUGGAUAUAUCUUUUAAAAUGGAUGAUGAUGAUAUAUUCCAAGUUGAUAAAGCAGAUCUUAUACAAGGACCUACACUUGCUGAAUUAAAUGCCAAUGAUGAUACACUUCUAGGAGAUUUAAAUUUUGAUGAUUUACUAUUGCCAGAGGAAUACAUUCAACCGUUAAGGAUCGGACCCAAUGUCAUUGCUUCCGGUGGUUCUUUGUUUAAUAAUAGUGGAUCAGGAUUUGCAUCCAGUAGCUUUCCACAAACGGGAACUGCGUUCAGAAGUUGUCCAACAUAUACAACUACUAGUGGAUUUACAUUGAAUAGAGAAAUAAAUAUAACGGAUAAUUUUGAAGGUGUCAGUCCACCUGUUUUUACCAGUCCAGGAACUAGCAAUGUUGCAGGUAGUUCUACGGCAAGUUCUUCGACUUCUCCUCAUACAGCAACAAGAUCAACUGGCCCGUCUACUCUCCACGAGUUAUUAAUGAAACGAAACGAAAGUUCGUUUAAUACUCCAGUAACUAGCCAAAUUGAUACAGCGUCUGGUAUGAGUGGUAAACCUAAAGUUUCUAGGCUCUCUAUGUCUGCACCAACACAAUCCAUGGGAUUAGAACAAAUUUGGGCUCAUAGAGAACCACGACAACAUCUCUUAAGUACUGGCAGUCUUAGUUUAGUUGAAGCAGGAUCUACGAGUAGUCUAAGCACUGGUGGUGCUCUUAGUCCAGACCCACUUUGUUAUUUAGAUCCCCUUAGUCACGAUGAAGGAUACGAAGACAGUGAUGAUGACAGUGAUCAUUACGAUGAUUACAGCAGUGAUAAUGAUACUGGUGGUAGCGAUGGAGAAGACCAAAGUAAUGUUAGUCUAGGAGGUGAUACAGCAGACAUAGGAAGAGAGAGUAGACAUAGUAAAAAAGAAAGAUACUUUUGGCAAUAUAAUGUUCAAGCCAAGGGUCCAAAAGGUCAACGUUUAGUUGCGAGAACACGACUGGAAGAUCCUCAUGUUUUGAACGAAGCUACGGAUCCUGUAUUCAGUCCUCAUUGUGCUCUCAGAGGAAUCAAGCACAGUGGUAAAGCACGUAAAGGAGAUGGCAAUGAUCUUACUCCAAAUCCACGAAAACUUUUUAGCAUUGGCAAAGAAUUAGAUAAGCUCUCGCGCGUUAUAAACGAUAUGACCCCUGUUUCUGAACUGCCUUUCACAGCAAGGCCUAAAACGCGAAAAGAAAAAAAUAAAUUAGCAUCGCGCGCAUGUCGUCUUAAGAAAAAAGCUCAACACGAAGCUAACAAAAUAAAGUUACAUGGUCUUGAACAAGAGCACAGACGAUUGAUCCAAGGUAUAUCACAAGCAAAACAAACUUUAGCCGCUAAACUAACGGAACCUAAUCCUGAAAAUCAGGAAGAACUAACAAGACAAAUGGAAAAAUAUUGCAAAUUGGCCACCAAGAUACGCAUAGCAAAUCACUCUACAGAAUUUGUCAAUAAAGUGUUAGACAAGGUCAAAGCAGGAGUGCCUGAUGGUGGCAUUGAUGAUUUUUAAUAUAAACGAAUCUUUUUUUUUACAUCAACUUUAUGUUUAUACUUAUGUACAGAAGAUUGAGAGAAAGAGAGAGCGAGAGCGAGAGCGAGAGCGAGCGAGAAAUUAUGCUUUUACAUUAAAACAGCUUCAUUUUGUUUUUGUGAAAAUGCGCUAAGGAACUAUUGUUAAUUUAUUGAUUAAUGUGAAUAAAUAUAAUCGUUAUAUUAUAAUUACAGGUAGAAAUUCAUAUUCUUAAGGAAAUCGCAGAACCGACAAUUUUGUGUACUCAGCUUUUAUAAUAUGAUACUAUCUUCAUUUUGUUAAAGACUGUGUUCUUUGUUAUUGUAUAUAGUAUUGGUUCAACUGUACAUACUACUUUUUUAAUCUUAAUCAAGCAGGAACGAUGUACCUUAUUUAUGCAGUAAAACUGACCACUCAAUGAAAUACCCUGUAAUAAAAUUCUUUUAUUCUCUGUA